AGUGAUUGAUUGGUUACAUUCCUUUGCUAACUGGGGCACAAGCCGGUGAAGUGACUUACUCAGGGUCACACAGUGUUAGUAGUGGGAUCUGAAUCCUUGGUCUGAAGAUCGAAGCCUUUACCACCACACUUCCAGCUGCAGUGACAGACGCCCCCACAGGCAUGAAACAAAUGUUUACUUUUUGUUUUGUACAGUCGCCCCCAAAGGGCACGCUAAGUGACGACGACUUGAAUUCCAGUUAAAAGUUUGUCGCUCUCAGGCCCCGCCCUGGUUGCCCCGCCUCUUUCUGUAUACCGAUGCCAAGCCCCGCCCUCUUCAAACCGCAGCAGUCGAUCUCUUUACUAACUGCUGGCCGCCUGACUUCUAAUCUUGGGUUUUAUAAAGUGACUCGCUGUGCGGCGGCCGGCUCCGGAGCUCCAGGCGGACAGACGAGCAGCAUGACCUCCGCUGAACCCGAGAGCAAAGACUGGGGGAUCCUGAGUCCCGGGAACUUCAUCCAGCUGCAGCAGUACAUCGACUACUCCAGUCAGAAGGUGAAGGACGUCCUGAAGGAUUUCGACGAGAGUGGCACCUUAUCCACCUUCCGGAGAGGAGAGUGGAUUGAUGAAGAUGGCUUCAAGAUCUUCAUGAAGACCUACUUGGACGUCCAGGAUGUCCCCGAUGGCCUCUGCCAUCAGCUCUUCAUGUCUUUUCAGACCUCCUCGGAGACGGACAGCGCUUCUGGUGGUCCCAGACGGGUGUGCCUGAAGGACGUGUCCUGCUACCUGUCCCUGCUGGAGGGCGGCCGGCCCCGGGACAAGCUGGAGUUCACCUUCAAGCUGUAUGACAAAGAUGGCAACGGCCUCCUGGACAGCUCCGAAGUGGAGCGGAUCAUCGCGCAGAUGAUGCACGUUGCCGACUACCUCGGCUGGGACGUCACGGAGCUCAAACCGAUCCUCAAAGAAAUGAUGAAGGAGAUUGACUAUGAUGGCAACGGCACCGUGUCCCUGGACGAGUGGAUUCGUGGAGGAAUGACCAGCAUACCUCUGCUGGUGCUGCUUGGCUUAGAGGGGGCCGUCAAAGAUGAUGGGCAGCACUUAUGGCGUAUGAAGCACUUUAACCGACCGGCGUACUGCAACGUGUGCCAGAGUCUGCUGGUGGGCCUGAGGAAGCAGGGUCUCUGCUGUACCUGCUGCAAGUUCACCAUCCAUGAGCGCUGUGCCUCCAAAGCUGUGGCACAGUGCAUUGCCACCUAUGCCAAAUCCAAGAAGGACACCAAUAUUCAGAACCACAUCUGGCUGGAUGGGUACUGUGAGGCCAGCAAGUGCGGGCACUGCCAAAAGAAGAUCAAGAGCUACCAGGGGCUGACGGGCAAGCGCUGUGUCUGGUGCCACAUCAAGCUCCACAAUGACUGCGUUUCUGAGGUGUCUGUGGAGUGCAAGUUAGGAGUCUUCAGGGAUCAUAUUUUGCCACCCUGUGCCAUCUACCCAAUCAUCCUAGAGAGGAGGAACAGCAGCUCACAGCCAGACGAGACAUUGCAGGCUUUCACCACGGCGGAGGGGCAGAUUCUGCGGAUCACACCAGUGGCCAACACACACCCCCUGCUAGUGUUUGUGAAUCCCAAGAGUGGCGGCAAACAAGGGAAGAGGGUGCUUCGGAAGUUCCAGUACCUCCUGAACCCCAGACAAGUGUACAACCUCUCGGAGGGAGGCCCAGGACCAGGGUUGAGUUUCUUCAGAGAGCUGCAGGAGUUUCGAGUUCUGGUGUGCGGAGGGGACGGGACCGUCGGCUGGAUCCUAGAUGCCAUUGACAAAGCCAACCUGCCUGUGAGACCUCCGGUUGCGGUGCUGCCACUCGGAACGGGGAACGACUUGGCCCGCUGCCUGCGGUGGGGUGGAGGCUAUGAUGGCGAGGGUCUGGACCGCAUCCUCACAGACAUCGAGAAAGGCUGCACGGUGCUGAUGGACCGCUGGAGUGUGCAGGUCCUGCCCGACAAUCCCGAGGAGAAGGGCGACCCCGUCCCAUACGAGAUCAUCAAUAACUACUUCUCCAUCGGUGUGGAUGCCUCCAUUGCUCACCGCUUUCACCAGAUGCGUGAGAAGUUUCCCGAAAAGUUCAACAGCAGGGUGAAGAACAAGCUGUGGUAUUUUGAGUUUGCCACAUCAGAGACCAUCUCUGCCUCCUGCAAGAAGCUGAAGGAGUGCAUUACCAUUGAGUGCUGUGGGUCACCCAUCGAUCUGACUGGCCUUUCCCUCGAGGGCAUCGCUGUGCUCAACAUUCCCAGCAUGCACGGCGGCUCCAACCUAUGGGGCGAAUCCAAAAAGUUGGAGCACAGAGGCUCACAGCAGCAGGAGCUGCCUGAAGUCAUCAUUGACGCUGAGGUUCUCCGAAAAAGUGGUCAAGAUAUGAGUGACAAGCGGCUGGAGGUGGUCGGGCUGGAAGGCGCCAUAGAGAUGGGCCAGAUCUACACGGGCCUGAAGAGCAAAGGCAGGCGGCUGGCCAAGUCCUCCGAGAUCACCAUCAGGACCAAGAAGCCCCUGCCCAUGCAGAUUGACGGGGAGCCGUGGAUGCAGCCGCCGUGUACGAUCCGCAUCACUCACAAGAACCAGGCCUGCAUGCUGAUGGCCCCUCCGCCUCGCUCAUCAAGCUUUUUCAACCUGAAGUAGUCACAGUACGGGACCCCGUCCAUGCACAUCCCCCCGGAAAACACAGGCCAGUUUGCCAUUUGGUGCUCUGGAGGAGUAGGGGGGUCCCGUCUGGCUUGGACGGAGCUUGCAUGUCCAGCAUGGAGUGAGACGUACUAUGAGGAGAGCCUGGGAAGUGGGUGGCAUGGGACACUGUGACAUGCCAGGCUGUGCCUUUUGGCUGCCAUUCUUGUACAUAAUAAUAUUUAAAAGAACGGGAGUAAUAUUUUUUUAGCUUGUGGUGAAUGAAUACAAAAGAGGGCAAUGUGUGUCUAUUGAUUUGCUUGCUUAUGUGUAUGAUCCUUCUGGGCCAUUGUGCCCAUAUAGCGUCCCUCCCUGCCAGCGGUGGCUCCUGUGAUUACUCAACAAGAGGCAAGCAAUGUUUAUUUUAUGUAGUGUGUCUUUCAAUGUUUCACCUGGAUCCAAAACCCGGGCAGCCGAGGGGCAAGUCGCUAGUGGGCAUCACAGAGAGCCAUCUGACGAUAAGUCACCAUGGCAACAACCAGACACCACAGGUCUCAGCAACCUGGCACUAAACCACAUGAAGGAGAGAGCAAUGCCCAGCUUACCCGCUGCAUCUAGCAGAGGGCACCACACACUACAGCCCCCAUGUAUCAACCAAAGAAGCGCAGCAGUCCGCUCUGAUCCUGCCGACUACUCCAAUCAUGUGAACGAGGAGUUCUUCUUCGAAGAGAAGCCAUAAUUAUGACCAAAACGCAGUUCAAUCUCCAGUAAGCAGGGUGGAGAUGUUAACACAAGAGCGGUACGAUACAAAAGAUGGCAGGGAUUUACCCUUUUUUUAAAAAUGUGGUUUUCAACCUCCAAUAAUAGUAUACGGUAUGAAUAGAAAUGUUUGUUUGUCUGGUAAGCAAAUCCACCCUGCCAAAUUUUGCACAGGCUAAUAAAAAAAAAAAAUUCCCCUGUGACCGCAUCAGGGUUUUAAGGAAAUGUGCGCCUGCCCGUUUUCGUUAUAUGGAAUUUUCUUUACCUCGCCACCCCGACAUGAUGAGGUUUCUAAUAUUUUUAAUUUAUUUUAUUAGUUUUGAGGCGUGGAUUCAUUUCGACUCUUGUCAUUUUUACGACGACGCUAUUCCGCCACGCCAUUUUGGAUGCCGCCAUUUCUCACGCGUUCCGGCAAGCACCACGUGAUCGCAGUCGCCCACUUCGGGGACAUCACUGGCCUCCCGGCCGCAGUCGAAUGACUCGGGGAUCCAGCAGUUUAUAAAAGCUCUCCUUACGUCAGGCCUUGGCCCUCGGUUAGCAGGCCUAGCGUCAGGUUCCUUCUUCUGGUUUUGAUGUUCGAUUUGCUUGAUUUCGACCUUGGGGAGCUCAGCCCUCCGUUUUGUAAUCCUGUCCUGGUUGUUUUCUCCCUCCUCUCAGUAAUUAUGGGGUACGUACCCCUUAACAUACCGAGAGGUACAGAAUUAUUUCAUCAUUGCCAUAUUUAGUGACGUCCCCAGAGGUGGCAAACGUCGUCAUGCGAGACUUGCCGGAAUGCAUGAAAAGUAGCGGCAUUCAGAAAGGCGUCGCAAAACGAUGGUAACAGAAGUCCAUCCAAAUCUGUAGCCCGUUGUUUGAGGCUGGUAAAGGAGGGCUACACAGCGGCUCCAGUACAGCUGCAAUUCUAGAAGAAGACCCUUACUGGAAGCGUGAGGCCCCCAGCUGGAUCCACGCACCACACCCAAUAACAAAAACAGUAAGACUGGUCAGGAAGAGACCAGACUGGCGGUGUGGACAGAAGUUGGUGGCAUCGGAGGAUGGCGCCACCCUCAUGAGCAAAUUACCUGGAUGCGCGGCCUGAAAACACACUAACAAACAGCCAAUGGUGCUGGGAUGGUGGAGAAGAACCCCCAGGUUCCCGAGGAACAGCCCACUCCGACACAGUGAGGACACGCAGACUCCACACAGCUGGUCCGGCUCAUCUCCCACAAUUGCUGCUCCCCUUCUUUCAGCUCUCGACUCCCACAAACCCCCUCGUCUCCAAGGCCAGGUCCCCACGUUAGAAGAUCAAGAUGCAUGACAAGUGUGGGGACCGCAGGGAUGUCUGCAGCCCUCUGCUCAUCCAGUCCGUCCCCUGCAAAGACAAGCAAAAGAGCAGCGGAUGGAGAGGGGCAUUGUGGGAGACAGCGACUAGGGGGUCAAGGCACCCAAUCCAACCCUCGUUGUGUUCUUCAGGGGAGUGCAAGUGGCCACCUAAUGGGAGGACAAAACAAAAACAAAGUUGGCAGACUCGUGUGCCCAUCAUGGGGUCUCUUAAUAGGCCGGCCAUCUUGCAUUUCUUCCGGCAGAGUCCCCUCCGCACUUUAUGUCCUUUCAAGACGUCUAGGCGUGUGGAUGAGAAAAGAUUAGAAAGCUGCGGCUCCAGCUGAACUGAGAUGGCACCCUGUCCAGCAUGCGGUCACGGGGUCAAGCCCUACAACCAAGACAUUACCUGAACGGUCUGUCAAGGGCAUCUACAGAUGGCACUCCUGACGGGUAAAGAAAUUACACACAAAAUGCUUUAAAGACUUGGGGUCUGCCAAUCCAUUAGCGAUUCUGUGUCAAGAUCAGGCUCCCUCAGUACAAUGCGAUUGGUACUUGCAGGUCUCCUCAAACUAGUCAGCACUAAAACAAUACCAACAAAAGACAAACAAAGAAAAACAAAACAAAAUUACACAGGUUGCAAAUAUUAUACAGUAUAUGUACACAGAUAUGCCAGCUGUGCUACCCAUCCCUGACCUGUGGAAAUCCACAACGUAGACCUCAGAGUCCGCAAUAAGCAAGGCUCUGUUAUAUGCCAUUUGGUAUGGCUUUCAUGAAAGCACUGCUAAGGUUUAUGAUGUGCCAUCUGUUGGAAUGACAAACGUAAUGCCUUGUUUUACUACAAAAGCGUGUGAUGUGCCAGUUACAAUGACAAAUAUAAUGCAUAUGUCUCUGUGAUGUGCCACUUGAUAAUGGAUUUGUAAAAGCGCGUCCUCUGUUGGAAUGACAAAAGCAAUGCAUUUUGCUACUAUUAAAGUUUGUGAUGCAC